AUGGUGGUGUGCGGCCUCGCCUGCUGGAGGUGCAGGUGGCUCCUACCCCUGCUGCUGGGCCUGGCCAUCAUCAUGGGCAUCAUCGCCCUGGCGGGCCGGGGCUGGCUGGAGUCCGAGUCCCAGCCCUACGUGCAGCAAGCGUCGCUGUGGGAGAGCUGCACGCGGGGCGAGGAGGAUCUCAACUGGAGCUGCGAAUCCCUCAUGGACUACGGGUGGGGAAGAGCAGCAGCUGCCACAUACCUCGUUGGCUUUGUGAUCCUGGUCAUCUGUUUUGCCCUUGCAGUCAUCGCCUUCUCUAUUGAGAUCCUCCGCUUCAACUUUGUGCGAGGAAUUGGAGGCCUGCUCUUUGUUGUUGCUGCAUUCCAGAUCAUUGGCCUGGUCAUUUACCCAGUGAAAUUCACAGAAGAAAUUCCACUGAUGGGAGAUAACAUGUUCAGCUGGGCCUAUGGCUUUGGCUGGGCCAGCACUGUUGUUGUAAUAGGUUGUGCUUUCUUCUUCUGCUGCCUCCCCAACUGGGAAGAUGAAGUCCUGGGAAAUAUCAAACCUACCUAUUACUACUCCUCCCCAGAGAGAGCACCAUACUUAAAUUGA